AUGUCUAAAAUUGAUGAACAAUAAAUUAUCAAGAAUACUAAAAGUAUGUAAAAAAUGUAAGAAAUUGCUGAUCGCAUUUAUGCUACUACUGGUGAUUUAACUAAAAGUAUAAGUAUUGCAAUAUAUAGCAAUUAGUUCUGAUAGUAUAUUGAAACCGUCUAAAUUGACAUAAGAAUAAUUAAUAUUAUAAGCAAAGAAGAUGGAAAAUAUUUAGGAUAGUAAGUAGAAGAAGGGAAAAGGAUAAUAAUCUACUUCUGCUAAUAAAAAUGAAUUAAAUACAACUGAAUGGUUAAAUAAAUUAUAAGAAAUAUAACAAUAACACAAUGAAGAAAAGAAGAAACUUAGAGAAGAGCUUAUAACAAGAUAUGUUUAAAGAGAAAUGGAAUUUAAGAAAACUAUUGAUGAAUUAUAAUAAGAAUUGAGAUCUAGAACUGCCUUAGAUUAAACUGAUAAGAGAAUUAUGGAAUUGAUUUAUAAAGAUCAUAGUAAAAUUAUUGAAGGAAUCAAUAGUAUUUAGUUGAGAACAUCUAAAAUUCUAGUUGAUUAAGAAAGAGAUAUUAUAAGAUUUUUUAAUAAUAAAAUUAAUGAAAUAAAGAAACAAUUUUAAGAAGAAAGAGAGAAGAAAGGUUAGAAUGAUAAAGAAUAUAUUUAAAAAGAGGAUCAAUUAAUUAGUGAAUUAGAAUGGAUUAAAAAGAUUGCUUAAAAAAUAGAUGAUGAAAAUCAUUAAUUAAUGUAAAAGUAUAAAGAAUUGAAAGUGGAAUAUUAAACUUAAGAAAGAGAUAGAGAAAUGUUAAUGAAAGAAUUAAUAAUUAAGAAAAAGGAAAAUGCUAUUCUAAAAUCAUAAAUUUAAUAAUAUGAAAAGUUAUUGAAUGAUGUUCAAAAAGAGGAAGAUUAAGAAUCUUAUUAAGACUUAAUCUUAGAUAAAUCAGGAGUUAAAAAUCAAAAAACUGAGAAAUCUAAAUAAUCAUCAUCCUAAUAACAAGUAAGAUUUCCUUAAAUAACUAAUGCAUAAACUCAAUAAAAUAUUGAUGAAGCUUAAAAAACCAAGUAUAAUAUUAAUUUUUAAAAGAAUAGAUGUUAGAAUAUUAUAAAAACAUAUUAAGAGACAUUAAAGAAGGAAUAAAAAAGGAUAAGAGAUAUUAAAUAACUAUAUACUAAAGAAUUAUCUUCAAAAUCAGAAUUAUAUAAUAUUUUAAGGCAGUGUAUAGAAGAUAUUAAAGAAGAGAUAAUUUAAGUGAGAAGUGAUGAAAGAACUUUGAAGAAAAAUAAAAGUAGUAAAUAAUAAUAUUUAGAUUUAAGUAUUGAAGAGGUGAAAAUGGAGAAAGAAGAUAGAGAAAAGUUGAUAGAAAACUUAUUAAAACAUGAAAGAGUCAUUGAAGUUAUUAGUGAUAAGAUAUUUUAUGAUAAGAAAAAUUAUGAUGAAACUCUAUUACAAUAAUAAUAUGAAGAGACAAAUUACAAUGACGAAUAAUAUUGA